AUGGGCUGCAAUGGCAGCAAGCAGGCCCAUCGGCCCUCAAAGGAGAUCGAGGAGCCCCGAGUACUCCUGGGCCGCAGAGUGCCGGCCCACUUGAAGGAAGGGCGGAUGAAAGCCAUAGCCCUCUCGGAGAAUGAGGAGAUGGAUCCGACUUCCAGGUACUUGAAUCACAAGAAUCAGAAUCGGGCCAUGAUCUCUGAAGAGAAUACGGAAUGGAGCGACACCAGCUCCUUCUUUCUUGAGGCAUGCCAGACGAGCCUCUCAUCAAGAAGACGGCUAGUUCCAAAGGGUCAGUUGAAGGAUUCGCCAGGCGCCCGCAGUGGGGCACGUGGCAGGCACUACAAUGCUGUACGGGCCUCUCAGCAGGGUGGCAUCAGAAUUGAGGAUCUAAUGCUAGGUGUGAAGCUGGCAUGCCUUGCGUACACCGAUGAUCAGCGGGGAACUCUCGACAACCUGGGUGGAACGCGGAAGGCCAUCGAGACCCUAGCCGGAGGGCCAGAGCGCGCGCGCCGGCCCCUGACAGAGAUCCUCCAGGCUCUCGGCUUUACGGUGGACCGAAUUUUCUCGCACACCGCGAUGUUGGGAAGCCUCCGGACUGUAGAUACACAUGGAUUCAUCGCGCACAAUGAUCAGGAUGUGGUCAUCUCCUACCGAGGCACCACUGGUAUUGUAGAAUGGCUUACGGACCUCGCCGCAAGUCCCAUUCCGUUCCAGCCAAACCUGGACCAGGAGAAAAGCUCCAGCAGUUGCCUGGCAGGCCGGCAGUCUCAACCUCAAGCACAUCAAGGUUUUUAUGAUGCCUUUUUGGCAUCUGUUUGCGACAUCAACCAGAAGCUUAUGCCACAGCUGCGAGACACGUCACGCCCAAAGCGGCUGAUUAUUGCCGGCCACAGUAUCGGAGGGGCCAUCGCCAUGGGAGCACUAGGUUAUCUCCUGCAGAGCUUUGACUUUGCAUCAUCUCCGCACCGCAUCCUCUUCGUGAGCACGGGCCAGCCCCGCUUCGGGGACGACAUCUUUGCGUCAUGGCUGGACAAGCAGCUUGCGUCAUUGAGACGAGCUGGGAAGUGCUGUGCCGUCCGCCUGGUGAACGACUGCGACGCGGUGCCCACGGUGCCCGCGAGCGGCUACCGCCACGCCGGGAAGUUGUGCCUCCUCACCUCAGAGGGGGAGCUACUCAUUGGCCCAGAGGUGGAGGAGAGAGACGUAGGCACCUUGGCGGAGGGCGUGGAUGAGCACCGCACGGACAAUUACUUGAAUUUGCUGGCGAGCAUUGCAACCUGA